AUGGAGCCAGCCCAGAUUCAGUUAGCUCGAACUAUUCCAUCCUUGUGCCUCAGUGGUGGGACUUCAUAUUUAUCUAUAUACCCUGAAUGUCUUGCCCUCACCUUUAUGUCCGAAUGGAAUUCGUUCACGAGAGAUGCCUUCCAGCUUUUUCAAGAAGCAAGGAUCACCCAUGAUGUCCCGAUCCAUGAUGAAAACGAGCUAUACACCGUCGGAAAUAAAAUUGGUUUAUUUGGCAGGUUCGUGCGAAAUCUUUGCGAACCGGUCAUGAAAGCCCUUGCGCCAUUACCCGGUAUGGCUGCGAUUAGAUUCGCAGAUUACGAAGCGCUCUGUGCCCCAGAUUCCAAUAUUCCAGACAUAUGUUGGGGGCUUACUGACUCGCUCCGCACACCGGACAAUGUUUAUUUGGUUGGAGAAUUCAAAACACCAUGGACCGUCCCAGAUGCAUUUCUUAAUCUUCGUCGCCCUGAUUUAUCUCAUAACCUGGAACCACUUAUAGGACAGCUUGUUGCUCAAAUGCGCUCAAGAUCGCUUCGCUUUGGAUUCUUAUCCACCUACAACUCUACGGUUUUCGUCAAGAGAGCAGCAGAAUGCUCUUUUCUCAUUACGCUGCCCAUCAAGCAUGACGCAACAAAGCCUUCCCUUCGCCAGCUGUUUGCUGGCCAAAAUCCUGACAGACCCCCACCGUCGACGAACCAAUUAGAGUCUAUCACAUCAAAUAGUGUCAUCAUAAGCACUGACAGGUCCCCACCGACAGUAGUCGACUGUAUUCGCCAGCUAUCAGACUCAUCAUCAAUGAAAUCCAAAGCAACCUGGUUAGCUUCUAUCAACGGCACUUUAGUGAUUUUGAAGUACUGGGGGCUUGAGUAUGAUGAGUUGUUUGAUGCUGAAACAGUAGUCUAUGACCGACUCUGGACUCGGCGGCCAGCCGGUCUGCAUAAUUUUGCGAAUUGGAUACUAAGAGGAGAAAUCCUUUGCUCGAGUAUUUUGCCUUCCGGAUACGUGCUUGUGUUAGAGCGCAGAGAAGGAGUUGAACGAGCCCACAUUCAGGCGGAAUGCCUCAAUGCCAUUCACGCACUUCGAGCAGUCAAUGUGCGCAUACGCGAUGCAGGAAUGUACAAUGUCCUUUACAGCAGAGAGAGUGGUGUUUUGACUUUGCUUGAUUUCGAGAGUGCCCAAGAGAUUGAAAGCAAUUCGGUGAUCUCCACCUAUUACGAGAUGCAGUCUAUCUUUCGCUCUAGUUUUCCGCUGGGACGUCCGUCUGGUGGCUAG